GGCAGUCACUUACAGAAUUGCGUUUCUCUUGGGCCAUAAGAAAUCAUCGCCAAGUUACAAAGCAACAUAGGAAUUCUUGGAACUGUGAUGCUUGCACAAAAUUCUAGCACUUGGGAGGGAAUGCAGCGUUGAGUUUGAUAACUAUGUAAGGUGUCACUCCUAACCCGUACUGUGUGUGUGUGUGUGUGUGUGUGUGUGUGUGUGUGUGUGUGUGUGUGUGUGUGAAGGAUGUGGGAGGUACCUGGAAGAGAAUAGGGAACAAGGGACUCGAAGAAGGACGCCAAGACAAGAGUCUGAUCAAGGCGACAAUUUUAUUUUUCCCCAAGGCUGAAUUUAUACCACAACAUGGGUAACAGAGGGGAGAAGUAAGAAACAUUUAUGCAGGCCAAGAGCACAAUAUUCAUGUGGUCAGAGAGUAGGCUGAUGUUGACAGGAUGUCAGAAAAGUCACAGGUUUGUCAUAUCUAUUAGUCAGCAGGAUGUUGGUUUUUCAGAAAGGUUACAGGUCAUCACAUUGGGUAUCUUAACAUAUAUAUAUUAUUAUUAUUAUUAUUAUUAUUAUUAUUAUUAUUAUUAUUAAUUUUGACCACCAGAUUUGUAUUAGUCUUCUGCAGCUGGCUGGGGAUUUUCCAUGAACCCAGUCAUACUUAAUUCUAAUCAUAAUAAUAACAUCAACAAUGGAGGGCUUCAAGGGCAUCGCUCCCAACGUGUGUGUGUGUGUGUGUGUGUGUGUGUGUGUGUGUGUGUACAUGUGCACACACUCACAGACUUGUACCUAUGACUCAUCGGUUUGACUGAGCACCUCUGCCACCACACCUGCCAGCCUCCCCAGUAGUAGACCUACUGGACAGUCACAUAAAUACUAUUGUAUGUGCAGAUUUAAAAGGGAAACGGCGAGGCACAUAGGGGAAACAACAUUGUCAAAUAAAUUAUUGUUCCAGAGAACAGUGAAUUACAGUUCACAAUGGUAUUUUAGAUUGAAAACAGAAUAAGUACUUACAGAAUAUUUAAACCAUCACUAAUACAACAUCUCUAAAUAUGUAUUUAACAUUUCUUAGUAUAGAAAGGAAAAUGCUAAGGGGCAAGCUCGGAACUAGCGUUCUGUAUUUAGAAGAGUAGAACUAGAGGAGACAUUGAGAAGAGAGUGCACAGUUGAGACUGUUUCUUAGGUAGAAUGCAAUUCUUAAAUAGAAGCAUUGAGCAGAUAUUGAAUAUGUGGAAUCCCAAUCCUGGGCAACCAGAGCAAACUCCAAUACUGCCUCAUAAUGGCUGCCUUAAGAGGUUCCCAUCAGAUGCCGCCAGCUGGAAGCAGGGACAGGGAAACCCUGCAGAGGAAAUCAGAGACACCAGGCGGGGCAAGUUCAAAUCCCAACUGUGCAGGCUCGCUUUGCUUUGCUUUGCUUUGCUUUUUUUUUUUUUUUUUUUUUUUUCUUCCAUUCUCAUCCCUUUUCUUUUUCUGUUUUUCCGGUUUUUUCUUUUUUUUUCCUUUUUAAAUCUUUUCUUUCAUUUUUCUAUUUCUCUUUUCACAUGUCUGUCUUAUCUGCUUACUUAUUGUUUAUUUACCUUUGUAUUUGGGGUUUUUUUGAGACAGGGUAGCCUUGGCUGUCCUGGAACUCAGUCUGUCGACCAAUCUGACCUCGAAUUUACCAAGGUCCACCUGCCUUAAUCCCAAGUGCUGGGAUUAAAGGUGCACACCACCAUGCCCAGCUUCUUUUUGAAGACAUUUUCCAACUUUCUGUGCAGUUUCACACUAACAAAACAUAGACAAAAGUCUAUGACCUACAAUCCAAGCUCUUGGGAAGCUAAGGCAAGGGAUUGUGACUCAAAGCCCACUUGAGCUACAGAGUGCAAUCAUUUCUAACAACAAAAACAAAAAAACAAAAACACAAAAUGGGCUAGAGAGAUGGCUCAGUAGCUAAGACUAGUGCUCUUUUAGAGAACCUGGAUUCAAUUUCCAGCCCUGGCACUCUACCCAUGGUGGCCCACAACCAUCUCUAACUGAAUUCCCAGGGUUCCAAUGCCCUCUUCUGACCUCGGCAUGCAUCAAUUAAAUAUGUGGUGCAUAAACAUACAUUCAAGUAAAAUACUUAUACACAUUUUUCUUAAAAGCCUUGUAAACGAAAAAUAGCCAAGUGUGGUCACCCACACCAUUGGUCCCAGUCAGUAGGCAGAGGCAGGGAUCUCUGGGCUAGAGAGCAAGUUUCAAGCUAACCAGGGCUAUAUGAGAAGACCCUGCUAUAAAUAAGUUAAUUGAUUAUUAAAUCAUCAGUCAGAUUGGACCCUGUAGCUCGGAGGCUCACAAUUAAGAGUGCAAAACAAAGUUACUCUCUGACCUUCCCAGAACUCUACAGAGAGCUAGGAGCCAAAUUGAUUUCCUUCUCAGGCCAUUCCAAUCUUUCUCAUACCAAAGGUCCCUCCCUGCAAGACCUUUAGGUGAGGCAAGCUGCUUUGGAUGGCUGCUUUCCUCCUCCUGCAUUAUGUGGGAGUGAAUCUAGGAGAGAUGCUUCACACCCCUCAUUCUAGCACUUGCCAGCCCAAAAAGAAAGGAUCAGGAGUAAGAAGCCAGGCUGAGCUACCAAGUAAAUUCCAGGCCAGCCUGGGCAACUCAGUGAGCCCUCGUUCUAAAACUAAAUGGUGUGUUAGAAGACUGUGGUUGGUGUGAUGUAAGCACGUCAAGAAACAGCACUUACCAGGCUUGGUGACACGCACAUGUUACACGGAGCUCUUGAGGCAGAGGCAGGUGGAUAGCCUGCGCCUGAGCCGAGGUUAUCCUUUCCAGAAGUCUGUACUGACUCUUCCUGGAUUUCUCUAUUGUUGGCUUCUAGGUUUGAUUUUGUUAUCUUUUAUACCUUUUAUUAUUAUUUUGAGAGGAGCUCUCUGUGUAGCCCUGAAAGUUGGCCUUAAACUCACGGAGAUCCGCUCUGCCUCCUGAGUGCUGGGAUAAAAGCGUGCACCCCCACCAUGUCCCUUCUGCUUUGGUUUGUUAUGGUUGUUGAGAUACUCUUCUGUAGGCCAGAAUGACCUUGCACUCCCUUUCUUUAUUUCCUGCUCGGCUAUGAAAAUGAACUCGAGCAAAUACUCUCCGCUAAACUACAGCCUAAGACCCAACCCUUGAACAGCAGCCGCCUAGCCUGCUGCUGCGAUGACGAUGAUGGAGUGCCAAGUGUGACCCUUCUUUAUCUCCGACCUAUUUCCUCACGCCCUUCAGACGGCGGUCCAGUCCUGUUAGUGUUCUUAUUGGACUUGAUGUCCGAUAAGAACACUAGGGAAUUUCUACACAGGACCCUCCUCCGUGCGUCAUGGUUACCACUUUCUACCUUUGUCCAGAGUGAGGCUCAUCUUUCCCUACAAGACAGUGUCCCAUCACCGUGAUUCCUAAGCCAACUUCAGUGAUAACUGGAGAGAAUUUCCCAGUUCCCUCGUGCUUUCAUUGCCAGAGCUAAGGGUGUAAGCUGACCACUCCUGGAAGCUAGGACCGUACUUCAACACCAAACACGCCCCCAGUCCCUCUCUAAGGAUUCUAGGCGAGGCUCCAACCCUGACCAUGCCCCUAGCCUCCCUGAGAAGGCCGGGCUCAACCCUAGCGCCCGGACCCCUCAUUGGAGGAUUCUAGGUAGGGUUCCACCCCUAUCCACACUCCCAGCCCCUCACUGGGGGAUUCUCACGGAAUCCCCACUCGUGCCCAGAUAUCCUUUUACUUUUUGUUGCCAAACUCAACUUAUCACCUGAAAAAAGGAAGAGAAAAGCUGGGUCCAGAAGAGACAAGUCUCGUUCCCUCGCCUUCCCCUCCCCCCCCCCCUCCACUGUGGGUCCAGAGGGAAGUCCCCCCUCAUCCUCCGCCCCUGUCUUUGAAGUUCCUCUGAAGCUUCGUGCACUUUCUUUAUUUCAAGAGUGCUGGCAGGUUCUGCUAAUUUUGGGCUGAGAGCCCACAGGAUCCUGUGGGAGGUCAGGUCUUAAAAUAAACCUCCGUAUCUACAUGUGUGCGCAUUCCGCUCUAUUUCUGGAAGCCUGAGUGAUAGCCAGGGAAGCCGGCGGUUUGUGCCAUCGGCCACUCCCUCCCAGCCAACACUGUGCCUGGACUCCCAAGUACUCUCAAUGCUGGGGUGGGGGGUAAAAAUUCCAGACCAACACCAGACACGGGGAUAAGUGGGUAGAGGGCUGACCUGGAACGUGGGAAGCCCUGAGCUGCAUCACCCGCAACUCAUAAACUGGGUGUGGUGAACUAGCCUAUCGGCUGCCACAGCACUGGGAGGUGGAGGCGGAACGGUUAGUAGUCCAAGGUUACCUCAGUUACACAGUGAUCUUGAGAUCAUCCUGGUCUACACGCUGCUUUUUAAAAAGAGGGGGAGAUAGGACUGGAGAAAUGGCUGAUAAAAUCAGUUAAGAGCAGUUGCUGCUCUUCCAGAGUUCCUGAGUUCAACUCCCAGCAACCACAUAGUGGCUCGCAAUCAUCUACAAGGGAAUCUGCUGCCCUCUUCUGUCGUGCAGGAGCCAGAGCACUCAUAUAUAUUAAAUAAAUCUUAAAAAAAAAAAAAAAAAAAAAAAAGGUUCCCAUCUUGCCUGUCCAGCACCUGUCAAUCUUCCCUUUACCCCUGGUCCCUGGUCCUCUUCCCCAAGAGGUCUGCGGGGGAAACAGAACUAAAUAAUAGAGAAGUUCAAUCUCAAAACAAAACAAAACCAAAAAAAAAAAAAAAAGAUUUGUAGCUUUGAGACUAGAGAAAUGGCUCAGUGGCUAAGUGCUCUUUCAGAGGACUCGGGUUUGGUUCCCAGCACCUGUAUUUAAUGGCUCAAAAUUGCCUGUAAGUCAAGUUCUAAGGGAUCUAAUGCCUUUGCGGGUACUGGACGCAAGUGGUGCGCAUAGAGACGAGCAGGCAUACAUACACAUGAAUUUAAAGGAAAGAAAAAGAAAGUAAGUUUGAGGCUGGAGAGGUGGCUCAUCAGUUGAGAGCACUGCUGCUCUUCCAACGAGGAUCUGAGUUCAAUUCCCAGUACCCACAUUGAGUUGCUGACAACCUAUAACUUCAGCUCUGAGGGCAGGGGAAGACUCAAAUAGACUCCUCCAGCCUCUUUGGGUACCACUGUGCAUAUGCACAUACCCUAGCAUUCAGUGUAUGCAUAUCUGACUAAACAAACAGGGGAAUUAAAAACAAACAUGGAUAGGUAGAGAGGGUAGGGAGUGGACUAGAGCAAUAAAGUUUAAAGAUGCUUAGUAAGAACUUGUUGAAGCUGUGAAAUCUAUUGCUUAGUUUUGUUUUUAUACUUUUCUGUAAUGAAAUAUACAUGCCUGUGUAAAAUACACAUACAUUUUAUACAAAGCAAAGUAAAGCCAAGUGUGGCAGUAAAUGCCUAUAAUCCCAGAACAUGGCACAAGUCUAUUAGCCCUGUGGAGCUGGAAGACCAGUUCGAUGUUACCUUCAAUGUUAUCUUCAGUUACAUACUGAGUUUGAGACCAUUCUGGGCUGUGUGAAAUGUCUCAGACAGACGAGGUUGACAGUGUUAGCUCCUAAGAACCUCAUUACUGGGCCAGGUGAGUAGCCAAACGUUAGAGCGCUGUUCAAGGAUUUGAGAAGCUCUGGAUUUCCUAUCUACCUGUUGACAGUGUUUUCUAUUAACAAUGGGGACUGGAGGGGUGGCUCAGUGGUUCAGAACGCUUGUUGCUUUUGAAGAGGACUGGGGUUCAGUUCCCAGCACCCACGUGACUAUUUCUAUAAGUGUGUUUUACUACAGUUCUAGGGCAUUUGUCACCUUCUUCUGACCUCCUCUGGCACCAGGCUUGCAUAUGGUACAAUUACAGACAGACAGGCAAAACACUCGUGCACAUAAAAUAUGUCUUAAAAACAAGAACAACAAAAGGUCUUGGAUACCUUUUAGAAUAGGUAAGGCCAUAGUUACUGAGAGCAUGAGAGAGGCUAUUUUGUUUUUCACUAUUACACAAAUGUGUUCAGUAUGCAAUAAUUCACUGAGCUUUUCAUGGAUGGAAAGCACAGUUAUUUUGUUUGCAUGCUACAUGUUAAUGAAAACUUCAAUGUCAUAUCUUGUCUCAAAAUAAAAUCCCAUGACAGUUUCUCAGAAUAGUGAAAGAAUUUAGUAUUUUCUUGCUGCUUACCUGCCCUGUCAUCAGAAGGAUGGUAAUCGUCGUCUCCAAAUCCUAAGCCUUGGGCAACCUAUAGACUCGCCAGUAGUUAGCACAGUUUUGUAAAGUGGUAAGCUCCCAUUUAAUUUUUAAAACUUAUGUGUGUGUUGGGGGGGGGGGUGUAUAAGUGUGACUGAAGGUGUCCACAGAGUCCAGAAGAGGGUGUUGGGUCCACUGGGACGUGAGUUGCAGGGGUGGUGAGCUCCCUGGUGUGGGUGCUAGAAUCAGAAUUUGGGGUCUCUGCUGUCAGCUGUGUGCCUUUACCAAUGGCACAUAACUCCACCCCCAACCCUACAUUUUUCUAAUGGCAGAACGUUUCCUUGCACUGUCCCAAUAUCAUGAUGCUCACCAGGCCCACAGUUAGAACAGCAUCCCUCACAUGGCAGGGCAUUUGUGGAACUGGAUUCAGUCAGGACAGGUUUUGACCCAGAACGUAUUCCUAGGCAGUCACUCUGGUUCUCCCUCAGCUCCCCCAGGCAUUGUUCUCCUCUAGUGAGAUCAAAUAAAGCACUGUGUGGAGAUAACUUGCAGAAUAAGGAGGAGAAUUGCUGAGGGUGAGAGUGAGCGAGAUCCCAUUAAAAAGAUCAUACUGAGGUUUCUGGGGCAACCCCACAAGAGUUUUCUAUUAAGGAAGUCGAAAAGCUCGUUUGGAUUAACUUGUAAGAAUGGGGUAAUUGUAUGACUUUGGUGUUUUAUUUAUUUACUAUUGAGACUUGGUUGUCCUGAUUUUUUUUUUUUAAUGUAGACCCGGCUGGCCUGGAACUCACAGAUCUGCUUGCCUCUACCUCCUCGGUUCUGGAACUAAAGAUGUGAACCAUCACCCAGCCUAUGUCUUUGCUUUUGUAAUCUUUGAGGCCGUUUAAAAUAUUAUACUUCUACCCAGAGCCAAAGGUAUGGCUCGGGUCCUCUUCUUCUGAAUUAAAAAAAAAAAAAGGUGAGAAAACUUGAAGAAAGUUAUGAUAUAGGAAACAGCCUUCCCUUAACGAACCUCAGCAAGCGACCAUUCCCUCCAUUUUUUCUUCCUUUCACAUGGAAUUUUAGAUUCUGAAGAGGGGCGAUUGCGUCUGUGCUAUUUUCAUGUGGUGGUUGCAAUUCUAAGGGUAGUUGUGGUACUUGGUUUUCUUUAACUUAGCGUGUGCAAAUCCACAAAAGACCUGAUAACGCCCAUCUAGCUAGCUAGCUACCUAAUAAGUAGGUAUGAGUGAGUGUUUAUGUGUGAGUGUUUUGCCUGCCUGUAGGUCGUGCACAUAUGUGUAAUGCCCAUAGAGUCCCAAGGGGAUGCUGGUUGUGAGCUGCCAUGUAAGUGCUGGAAAUCAAACCCUGGAUGUUCUACAAGAAUAGUGCCCUUAAUCACUGAGCCAUGUCUCCAGCCAUACAAGAAUUUAUUAUUUAUUUAUUUACUUACUUACUUACUUUUAUUCUCCGACACCCCCCGUCCCCCGUCCCUUUCUCUCCUCUCUUUCUCCUCCCCCCGCCCCACCCCUUGAAACAGGGUCUCUGCCUGGAACUCCAUCUCAGUGCUGGGAUUAAAAGGUGUGCGCCGACACGCCCACCCAGCUAAAAACUUUUUUUUCUUUUGGCAUACAGAAGUUGUUUCUGGGUUUAACUUCACAAAGCAUUCACUUUAGAGCUUUGAUGUAUUCCAUUGCAACGAUGUCACUACCUAGUGACUGGGAUGCCCUAAACCACGUAAGACCCCAAGACGGUUUCACUGGCUCUGAGAUCCAGAUCGGGACGGCUCCCAGGAACUUCCUGUCUAUUUCCGGCGUCGCCAUCUUGCUUCCGGUUUCCGAGGGGGUUGGAUUGUGUUCUCAGCCCUACGCCAGCCUGUCGGGACAUCUAUGUGUAGUCAGACAGCUGCCUUCUGAUCCGCGGUGGUGGCUCUCACCUGUAAGACACUGCUCCCUCACCGGAGGCGUCUUUGUCGUGUUCUGGCUUUUGGCUCAGCAACUAUGUAGAGAUACUGGAAUCCACCAACAAGGCCCAGCAAGGGCCUGUUCACUUCUGUUGCCCGUCUUUCCCUGCCGGCUGCGAUUGCAAGGCACUCCGUGUGCCUUAGAGAGCGAGGAUGGACACAGUCAUGAUCAAUGUGAUGCCAAACCUGAGCUGAUCCUGAAGUUGGAGCAAGGAGCUGAACCAUGGAAGGAAGACGGUGCCGCAGACCCGAGCCUCGAAGCUCUGCAACCUGUGAAGAGCCUGAAGGAGACCAGAUGGGACAAUCGAAAGAGACAUCUGAGCCACCUGGUAAUCACCGGCAGCGCGUCAGCUGAGGAGAGGGGCCGGUUUGGGGAAAUAUUUAAUCUGAGUUCAAACCAUGUUUUGCACCUGGCUAUUAAGAAUAAGGACUCUUCUAGAAGGAGAGCUGAGGUGCUUGAUACAUGGGAAAACAUGUGUCUCCCUGGUGAGAUGCAGGCUACAAAGGAGCUUGACCAUCCUAAUUCAGCUAAGGUGCCGUGCAGGCCUCCUGUGCCCCUUAGUCUGGAUCUCAGUGUUGAAAGUGGGCAACAACGCGUCCAGCGUGCUCAGCGUGGUGAAGUCUUCGAUGUGAACACUGUAUGGACACGUACAGUGUUUCCUUUGGGAGACAGCUCGAGAAAUGCCUUUGAUAAGUUGGCUCUUAGUGCCCGGGAGGGCACUCGCCUAAGGGAAGAAACUUUUGGUUGUAACAUGUGUAAGGAGUCAUUCUCUGACACUAAGCAUCUAAAACCACACCUAAAAACCCAACGUGGCAUGAGUACCAACGGUGAGCCAGCAUCCCGUGCAAAAGCAGGCCUUCAGCGCACUCUGCGUGCCUGGGGAAAACCCCGGGGGUGUAAUGGCGACGAGAAAUGUGUGCAUCAGAUGCCAAAACUGAGGGCUGAUCGGAGUGUCUUCUCAGGUAAAGAGAGUAAUUGUGUGAAAACAUUUUGCCCAGACUCCACUUUGAGUGUACAGCGGAGACCACACCCAGGUAAAAAGCCCCGUGAAUCACCUGUAAAAGCCAACGACCAGCCUCGUCGACGUCACAGAGGUGGGAGAACCUACCAGUGUAAAGUAUGUGGGAAAGCCUUUAAACACACACAAAAUCUCUACUUACACCACAGAACUCACACUGGGGAGAAGCCCUAUGAGUGUAAAGAAUGUAAGAAACUAUUCAGCGUAAAGUCAAAUCUCAGUGUACAUCAGAAAACCCACACCGGUGAAAAGCCCUACGAGUGUAACAUAUGCAGAAACGCCUUUAAAAGAAGGUGUGACCUAACUAUACACCAGAGAGUCCACACAGGCGAGAAGCCCUACGAAUGUAAAGAGUGCAGGAAAACGUUCAGUAUAAAGUCAGGGCUCAUUGUACAUCAGAGGAUUCACACAGGCGAGAAACCAUAUGAGUGCAAUGUCUGUGGGAAACGUUUCAACCAGAAGUCAAAUCUCUCCACGCAUGAGAAAAUUCACACGGGUGAGAAACCCUUUGAGUGCAAAGACUGCAGCAAAGCAUUUAGCGUCAAGUCCUAUCUCACUAUACAUCAAAAAACUCACUUGGGUGAGAAACCCCACUCAUGAGCUCUGGGGAAGCCUUCUGUGAGAAGACAACCCUCCACAGACAUCCUAGCGCAAGCCCAGGUCAGAAUCCCUGUGAACAGAGAAUGUAGAAAAAGUGUGAGCUGUUCAUCCUCUCCAGGUACCGCAGAGAGGUGAGAGGUGUGGGUCGUCGUGCAUGUAAAGAUUGCAGAGACUCCGUCAGUCCUAAGUCAGAUCUCCUCAUUAAUUAGUGAACUCAAAACACGAGAAACCUACCCGUGUGGGACAUGUUCAGAAGGCUUCUGCCAGAUGUCAGGCGUUAGCUAUUGGAGAAGCUCUGCAGGCGAGAGACCCCCUCUGACUGAGCCCUGGAACAGUCGGUCUUCAGUAAGACUGGAGAAUCCGUACUGACAGAAACCCUGAGUGUAGCUCUGUGGAAGCCCUUCAGUCAGAAGUCUGAAGAGUCCCCAUAGGGGAGAAGCCCUGUGAAUGUAACAAAUGCAGCAAGGCAUUUGUCUCCUUUCCCUGUGUGUCACAGAGUCUUGUCAGUGUAGUCUACAGAGCAUUCACCUGCCACAUGUCAAGCCUAGUACACACCAGAGAAGGCUCGCUGCUGAGAGGCCUUAGGAAAGUAAGGACGAGGAAACAUUUCCAGCAAAUGUGUGGCGGGGUCCUCAAGUAGAAAAGCUCUGUGGGUGGGAGUGGGGGAGUCCCAACAGCAGGUAACUCACUGUGUGGCACUCGCACAGCUGAGAAGUGUGAGGUGAGUGCAGUGUGUGUGUGGAGAAACCUUUUCCUAGAUGUCAGAUCUCAGCAGUCAUUAGGUGAGGAACGCUUCAGCUGAAAGGCACCCUUUACUGCAUACCAAAGAAGGCAGGUAGGAUAAGCCAUAGCACUUUAAUGUGUGUACAAAAACUUGAUUCUGUAAGGCGAAGACAUCUGUCUCCACUAGAGAACCACGCAAACACAGAACCCCAUGAAUAUAAAAACUGAACCAAAAAACAAAAAGACAAUCAAAACAAAACUCACAAAAGCCCUGAGAUUUUAAAGAAUGUAGAAAAUAUUUCAUGUGCAAGAACUCAAAUAGGUAAUCAUACACUCACAUAAGUAUGUAUAACAAACAGACAUAAUGUGCAUCAGAAAUCCCUACCCCUGAGAAACCAGAGUGAUAUAUACACACACACACGCACACGCACACACAUACACACGCAUGACUUACCCAGUGCAAACACUGGAGGGCUCGCAGGCUGGAAGUACCUAAAUGUCAUGUACAUGGACAACCCUUUUACAGGAAGGUGACCUCCACAUUGAAGAAUCCAUAAGAGAGGGGAUGCUGUUAACAUGUGGGAAAGCCUAUCUAGAGUGUUACAGAUAUGGAAAAAUGUCACUGUGAGAGGUCCUAUAUGCACAAGUCUCCUGUGCUAAGAUUCACUUUUCUUCCUUUACCGGGGCCUGGCAGCCUAUAUGUGUGUGUAGUGCUUUGGGGAGAACAUGCCCUAAGUUUUAUCGGAGUUUUAACAUUUGUAAUGAGUCCUUUCUUUCUGGCCUCAACCACGAAUGCGUGCAAUACAUUAUCUCUGAAUUUGUCCUCACGGCCUGAAAGGCAGGGAGGUUUACCUUUGAUAAGAAAUGUAGCAAACGGCACUGAUUUAAGGACAUGCCUUAUUGGAGAGAGUGAAGGCUUCGUAUGUUUAUAAAUCUCCUGUUUGUAUGGUGAUAUAACAUUCUACACAAGCUUUUUGCAACGUAAAGCAAAUUCAUUGUAACUCAUUUUAAAAGCAUCUCAGACAGAACCUUUCAUGUGUUUUCAAGCCAUUUGGUGGAUAAAAAGAACCAUGACAUUUCAAUAAACUCUAAAUGCCUUACCUGGCACCAGCAUCACAUUAAAAAGAUCGUAAAGCUUUUUUCAUGUGUGGAAUAUAUGUGUAUCCAUAAAACAUUGACAUCCGUAUAUGGGAAAUUAUUCAUUAAAAUGACAUUGUCACUCUCUAAAAAGUGUUAAGAGUUCUAAGAUUAUUUCUGAGCGGGGUGUAGCGGGGUGUAUCUUUAAUUCCAACACCCAGAAGGCAGAGGCACUCAGAUAUCUGAGUUUGAGUCCAGCCUGGUCUUCAGAGAGAGAGUUCUAGGCCAGCAGAGCUACACGAUGAGACCCCAACUUAAAAAUAUAAAAAGUAACAAUUGUUGAAUGCGCCAUAGAAUGAGGAACAUUGAUGUUUGUCACAACCAAAGUUUAAGAACUGCAGCUAACACUAGUGGCUACCAGGACUGCAGCUGAGGUCCCUGGAGGACACGAUUGUCCUUGUCCUGAGGCAUGAACAGGUGUCUACUUAGUCCGAUGGGGCACUAACAACAGACCAAAGAAACAAUUCUCUCACGCUCCCGUCUGGUGAGUCCAGUGAGUUUACUGAGCUUGCAGGAGUGUGAUGGCAGCAGCUGCAUCACUGAAAAGCCCACCUCGGUGUGGAGGUGACCUGGGAAAAGUGGGACGCUUACAGGAAGCUCAGCAGGCAUAUAGCUUGUCAGAGAGCCUCCCCUUCCCAGCAGCCUUUCCUGUUUCAUAGGCUUAGGAAGGGAUGGGCGCUGUGCAUCUUAUAUGGGGGGCUUUGGGAGACUUAGGGGUUUAUUUUUGAGUCUUCAUGGGCAUUCCCCCAGGACGGAAUGUUUUCAUUCAGGGGGUACAGCUACACACCAGGCACAACAGACUGCUACAGGUAAGGUUUGCACAUACGAUUUUAUCACACUAGCAGACGUUCUCUGGAUGCAGGGGCAUGCCGGAAAUGCACUUUUUGUAAUGUUCUUUAAUGAUUUUCAUUAAGGUUUUCCUCAUUAAAUUUUAUCCUAGCCUGUUUACAUCUUGUAAGGCUCCUAUUUGUAUUUUCUUAAUCUUUUAAAAUUUAACUGUAUAUGACGUUUGCAACCAACUAUCUGCCAAUUAUAGAUGUUAGUGCUUUUCUAACAUGGUGAUUUCUUAAUGUGAACCAAUAUUUCUAAAAGAGUAAAUAUUAAGGUAGGAAAACAUGAAUAAAGAUAUUUUUCACAGCCA